AUGUUACAGGAGUGCAAAGAACUCAGUGAGACGAGCUUACUGGAGGAAGGAUCCCAUCUUCGAAGAGUCGUGGAAAUUUGCCAGUCCCUCUCCGUGAAGGAACCCAACCCGGACGAUAGCGCAGACGCAACGCAUAUCUUUUUCACUGAAGAAAGGGCUGUCGCUGUUGCCACCGCAAUUCGUACGGGCCCAGAGAUGACCAGAGGCAUCAAUAUAGGAUCAAACAACUCAUCCACCAUCACGUCGAACAACGCAGUAAACCCGGUUCCCUUGGGACUACCAGCCCUCGCAGGAUCUCCCCUUCUCCAGUACGACCGAGCAGACUGUUGCUUCGUCACCACCACAAGAAGGACUCCCAUCUAUCCUCGAGGCGGCUCCUGGGUUCGCGCAGAAGGUUCCAACCCGCAGAUCGUCGCCCAUCAACAGCUUGUCAGCUAUUACCAGAGACACCCUCCCGCUCACCCAGAAGACGUAUUCGCCACCCUACGAAUCAACGUUGAGCCAGCACAAAUAACAGAGAACCUACAGUCACCUGUUAACGAACAAUCGUUCAAACUCCCGGACGUUCAGUACGUUCCCAUUGAGGCUCCAGACACCGAACCACCACCUGUUUCAUUCGCACCAACCAACGCACUGGUUGAACCUCCGAUGACGACGUUCACUCAAGCAGACAUCGAUCAGUGCAUCGUGGCUGCUCUCGAUACAUACCGACUUCAACAAUCAACCGCCAAUCGACCCCUCCACCUCGACAUCCCCGCUCCGGAACCCUUCAGCGGAAAGGCAGAGGAUCUUAGACGCUUCCUUCAAUGCGUCCUUUCCUACUUCGUUGCCACCAACAACACCAGACUUAGCGAUGAAGCAAAGAUCGCCUUCACGGUAGCAUUGAUGAGGAAGGACCUAGGGAAGACGUGGGCGGACACAUACUACGAGAAGUCGGCAGGGGGAGUCCAGGUCUAUCCUGAUUGGGCAGCCUUCGCCACCGCCCUUGAGGAAGCGUUUCCUGAGCACGGAACGCGAAUCAAGGCGCACCAAAUCCUGAUGAAGCUGCCCGAACGACAGAAGAACAAGAAGACGGCGCUCUCCCUUGGAAACUACGUCACCCGCUUCGAGCAGCUAGCAUCGAAAGCCCAGCUCAAGGACGCUGAAGUCAAUGGCGUCAACCGCACCGAGAAUGACUAUCACACUCUCCACGCCAACUUCAUCAAGGGACUUCCGAAGGAGCUCUACGUCUCUCUCGCAACUAGGGUCGCUAGAGACCGACCCAACACCAUGAAAGCCUGGUACGACGAAGUCCGAAACGCCGACGCUGCCAAACAAGGGGCCCUCACCGUCACAGACACCAGGGACUACAGUGAGCCAAUGGAUAUCGACGCCACUGCAGUCGCGGCAACCUUUGCCUCCACAUUGGGAGGAAGGAAGUGGGAACUAGGAGCCGUUCUCAAUGAGGCCGACUGGAAGCUCCACAGGGACGGGAACCUGUGCUUCUACUGCCACAUCAAGGGCCACAGUGCCAAGGAUUGCCGCAAGAAAGCGGCCACACGACAAGGGGGUGGGAGGCCGAACCAGGGAGGAUCUGGGAAGGACGACUUCCGUGCCAGAAUCAAGGCACUCUCCGCUGACGAGAAGUGGGAGCUGUAUGAAGAACUUACGAUGGAGGAUUUUUGA